GUCAGCCAUGAUGUGCCUAUGAUGUACCUGCCAUUUGUGCUGGCCUCGAAAUGAAGGAAAGCUAUUCAAUAAGGCCGCUGGCAAGGAUGAUCGGACGCAUUGUUCUCUUCCUGCAUUCAUACGUGCCUCGGCAACAAUCGAUAAAAGUGCGGUAGUGCGAGCAACGAUCUGCGAUCUUGAGAAAGAGGAUAAAAGAUUACGUGGAGAGGAUACAUUUAUUCGGGUGUUUCGCAUCUUUUUUUCACGGGCUGGAGUGACCCUUGAGUGAUCUCUGUGGAACGGUUGGAGUGUUUACGAAGAGGGAAGCUGAAGGACAAGGUUGGACAGGCCGAUGCAGGAUCAUAUGAUGGAGGUGGGAUGGAUGGAAUAAAAGAAGAAAAUAAGAAUGCAUCUCGACCACAUUUCGGCCUUCGGGUGCUGAUGUUUAGUUUGGCUCGAGGGCGGGGUACCUGGGUAGAAAGAAUUAUAAAAGUACGACCGCAGUGCUCUUGCUGCUCGAUAUAAACCCACCGCGAGAGAUCAGCAUCGCAUAACUAACUGCUCCCCACUCAGCCCCGUCCUCUCCUCAUCACUCUCCCUUUCUCUUCAUAACCUGUCCGCUCGCUCGCUCCUCUUUUCUCUGUCUUUCCUCUCUCACCUUCUAUCCUGAAUGCCUGCGGACGCGCUUAGGAAGAGGAAGCUUGCUGUCCUCGGCUCUCGCUCGGUCGGCAAGUCGUCACUCGUCAUUCAGUUCGUCGAGGGCCACUUUGUCGAGUCCUACUACCCGACGAUCGAGAGCACCUUCACCAAGGACAUCAAGUACAAUGGCGUCGUCUUCGAGUGCGACAUCAUCGACACUGCAGGUCAGGACGAAUACUCUAUCUUAAAUCAGAGGCACGCUAUUGGCAUCCACGGCUUUGUGCUCGUAUACUCCGUCGCAUCCUACAACUCGUUUGAGAUGGUCCAGAUUAUCCACGACAAGAUUGUCAACUUCACUGGGAAUCAGUCCAUCCCUUGCGUCAUAGUAGGCUCUAUGUCGGACUUACCACAAAGAAAAGUGCCCAAGGAGGAGGCCGAGGAGUUCGCAAAGUCCAUCGGCGCUACGUGGAUUGAGACUAGCGCAAAGCAGAAUAUCAACGUUUCCACGGUCUUUGAUUUGGUACUCGGCGAGAUCGAGAAGCGUGCCCCACAUAAUCAGAACCAGCCUGUGGGCAACCGCUGUAUUGUUAUGUGAAUUACCCCGCCUUCAGCCGCGCAUCAUGGACUAUCCAUUCGCCUUGUUAUAGACGCCAUGCUACUCGUUUUACCGGGUGUUCGCCCACUACUUUAGGAUAUGCAUAUGCAAUCCCUUGCCCCAUGUACUCGAUCACCUGUUCAGUGUUCUACCUAAAUGCCUCUUAUCUCUUCUUUUCUCUCUUUCUCUUCUUACUCUAGCUAUGCUUCCUGCCUCGAGUUCCAAUGAGUUCAUUUACAUAAUAUAUUUAACUCUACAACUCUACAGUAUUCACCUUGUUCUCGCUCUGUUCCAAGGGUUUCAAGCUGGUCUCUGAUCACAUUACU